AUGAAAGCGCGAAGGUUCGUCCUGGCUUUCUGGCUUUCGUCGAUUACAGAACAGAGCCUCCAGGAGUGCCGGGAGGAGUACAAGAAGCCGGGGCCAACACACACCGCCUGCUUACCGCCGAACGCGAAGUGCGCCAUCGCGGCCAGAGAAGUGAACGCGGCUGAACGGAGAGUUAUCCUAGAAACGCACAACGCCUACAGGAGCAUGGUGGCCAUGGGCAAAAUCAGGUACUUUCCCGAGGCCAAGAAUAUGCAGCAGCUGUUCUGGAAUGAAGAGCUGGCUUCCGUGGCACAGGCGCUGGCCGACCAGUGCACACCAGACAGCGGAAAGCUAAUUCACGAUGAACCUGAUGCCCGUUUCACCACCAAGUUCAACUUCACGGGACAAAACUUGGCCUUCCGCGCAAGCAGUGCCCCUUUCAAAGGCCCCGACUGGCUCGGUCGGAUCGAAGCAUGGUUCAACGAGCACCCGCACUACCCGCCGAGCAGAUUGGGUAACUUCUCCUCUCGCUCCAGAGAUCCUACUGGACACUUUACGCAGCUUGUGUGGGCGACGACGCGCUACGUGGGCUGCGGCUACGUCAGUUACAAUGUCAUUCGUUACUCAAAGUUGCCGUACAUGCAGCUGUACGUGUGCAACUACGCCGACGCUGGCAACGUCCGCACGUUUCCCGUGUACGAUGCAGGUGACAUGUGCUCAGCCUGCCCCGAAGGUACCGCUUGUGUCAAAGACACCGGACUGUGCUCGUCUCUCGAAGAACGUGGCGAGUCGGGAAUGAAGGCGGGGCUUCCGCAGUCGCGUCACGGUGAACGCGGCGACCACUCUGCGUCAACUCGAAAAAGCGCAGCGCCUGAAAAUGUUCAGCCGUUGAGGUCUGCUUCCACGGUGUGUGUGAUUGCUGCGGUCUACGAUAUGAUAUUGGACUGCUGGGCUUCUGUCAUGUACCCAGAACGCCAAGAAGCGCAUAAUCUCUCAUGUCUUACUUUGACUUUUGUCUUCUUGACCCUGACGCUAUUCUCCUGA